UCGAUAAAAUCAGGAACUUGCGCUGGCCCUGCAAUGUCAAGGGAGGGGGCUCACCCAGGGCUCCUGUAGCUCAAGGGGCAGGCCUGUGCCCUGCGCCCGCCCCGAGUCCGUCCAGCCCCUGACGGGGCGCCCCAUCCCGAGGGGCUCCGCACUGGCUCCCACCGAGGCAGGGGACCCGAUCAGCUCGGAGCUCGGCUGGAUGUUACAGGCGUGCAAAAUGGAAGGGUUUCCCCUCGUCCCCCCUCAGCCAUCGGAAGACCUGGUUCCCUAUGACACGGAUCUGUACCAACGCCAAACGCACGAAUAUUACCCCUAUCUCAGCAGUGAUGGAGAAAGCCACAGCGACCAUUACUGGAUGCACGUGCUCGACACCCCCAUGGCACCCACCCACGCCAGCCUCGGCCACCAGGUCUCCUACCUACCCCGGAUGUGCCUCCCGUACCCCUCCCUGUCCCCGGCCCAGCCCAGCUCAGAUGAGGAGGAGGGUGAGCGGCAGAGCCCCCCACUGGAGGUGUCUGACGGGGAGGCUGACGGCCUGGAGCCAGGGCCUGGCCUCCUGCAUGGGGAGCCAGGCAGCAAGAAGAAGAUCCGCCUGUACCAGUUCCUGCUGGACCUGCUGCGCAGCGGCGACAUGAAGGACAGCAUCUGGUGGGUGGACAAGGACAAGGGCACCUUCCAGUUCUCGUCCAAGCACAAGGAGCAUGAGAAGGGGCGGCUGACGGCCUGGGAGUGA